AUGUCGCGUAAUAAACACCAUCCACUUGCUUUACCCGAAACCGAAAUUUUUGCAUACCUUGCUGUCGAUGAAGCACCAUAUCCAACGUUAUUCGUCAAUCAGCCUGUUGUUAUGGAUUUUCCACUGAAACGAUUGCAUCCGAACUUAGUACACCUCAGAUUAUACAAGAAUGGAUUAAGGCACCAUGAGCAUUACCAGAAAUCAGGUGGAAGGCGCGAAUUUGACGAAAGUGUUUCUGGGAUUAUUCAAUUGUGUCCUACUUUGAAAGAACUUAUUCUUAGAGGAUGUAAUAUUACCGACAUAUCCACUAAUGGGAUUAUAAAUUCUUGUCGUAAUCUUCGAAAGCUCGAUAUCGGAUUUUGUGAACAGAUUUCAGGAAAUCCAACCGCGGCUAUAAAAAGAGCCAAUCCCAAAAUUAAAGGGCUUCGGCUCUAUUCUCAAAUCUUACCUGGAGCGAUGUUGCAAGCUUUGCUUCCUCUGUAUGCACCAGUCAGAGGCCGCGUAAGCGGCUUUGCAAAUAACAAUAAUCUAUAA